AUGGUUUAUUCAAGGACCGUGGAUCAAGUGGGAGCCGAUACUGUAAGGAUUGACUCAACAGGACACGAAAAAUCGAAUUUUACCGUUGUCCUCUCUGUGACGGCCGCUGGAGAGAAAUUAAGACCGAUGAUCAUAUUCAAGAAAAAGAGGAUUCCCAAGGAUAAUUUCCCUCCUGAAGUGGUAGUUAGAGCCAAUGAUAAAGGCUGGAUGAAUCACGAACUGAUGAGGACAUGGCUCCAUGAGGUGUGGAACAAACGGAAAUGCUAUGACAACGAUCCCUCGCAGUCAUUACUCAUAUUAGAUUCUGCAAGGUGCCAUCUCACAGAAGACGUCCGAGAGCUUUUCAAGGAGCACUCAAAGAUCGCGGUCAUUCCAGGCGGAAUGACCAAAUAUCUACAGCCUCUCGACGUCGGCAUCAAUAAGCCCUUCAAAGACAAUCUGAGGGCGGGAUGGGAGCGAUGGAUGGCCGAUUCAGCACGAGCAAGGGAAGACCACACCUUGAUGUUGGAAUUGCGGAAUACUCCCGCAUCACCAGCGCGACCGGGGGCGCCAACGUCGUAA